GAAACAGAAAAAGGCAAAGGAAAAGAGAAGAGAUCGCGGUGGUGUGCAUCUACGUGUGUGUAAGUGAGUAUGCAAGAGAGUGAAAGUGUCAGUGAGUGAACAAGAGAGAGAGACUGUGUGUGUAUGCGCGUGUGUGUGUAUGUGGUGUGUGGUGUGUACGAUUCAUCAUCUAUCUAACUGCGUCUUUUCUUUCUCUCUCUUUCCCUCCUUCUCCUUAUUCCUACUGAAUUGUAACUCCCUCUCUCUCUCUCUUUCCUCUUACCCUCCCCACCGAACUCCCCACUCAGCUGUGAAAAGAAGACACUUAUCGAACACUUCCUCCCUCCCCUCUUUCUAACCUUCCAAGACCUUAAUUUGGCUUUCUUGUCCUUCACCAAUCUGACUUUCCGUGGUGCAUCAUCAGUGGGCAAUGUCCACCUACUCCCCUUCGUCGACAGGCGUGCCCGUCAUGUUUGAUCCACCCGCGUACCCGUCUCUCUUCCGCGCGGGGGCGGAAAUCCCGCAGUUCUAUUUGAAGUAUCGCUGGUGGGAGGAUGAAGCCACGACCAUGCUGUGGGCCUUCGACAUCCAAGAGAUCAAGCGGGCCAUCCGCUUCGGCCUGUACCGCAACGCGAAUCUCCCCCGAGACGCCUUCCAGAGCCGCAAUCCCAAUGCAAUUGAUACCUUCCUGCUGGAGCUGGUCGACCCCCACGAAAGAGCCUUCAUCGGCAACCUCUCGCACAUCCAAAGGGUGGAGGAGGUCCUGCAACGGUGCCGGAGAUCGGAUCCGCCGCCGGCCGCGUGGAGCUGGUUCCCUGCCCAGGGGGACCGCGAAUUGACCGCCAUCUCCAUCGCCGAGGCCAUGGACACCGAGAGCCAUCUACACUUCACCCGCAUCCCCUUCGAGGAGCUGGUGCGCUACUCACUGGGCUACGCCGCGCCCGCUGUCGAGUGGUUCCUGCAACAGCACACCGCGUUGCAUAUUCACUUGUUGAACCAUCUCCAGGCGUUUCCGGAGGAAGUUUCGCUGUAUAUCGAGGUGGAACAGCAUCUUCGUAGCCGGAGCCCGUUUGCUCAUCGAGCCUUGACUGUCUGUCUACGGGCUCUCCGAGGAACCCAGCUCGUGGUGAGUCCCACGACUCCCGCCUUUGAGUUCAUUGCCGGUCCGAUUCAGGAGCUGUUCAAGGAGAUUUCGCCAAGCUUGAAGUCGAUUCUGAAGGUGCUCUGCGUCUCGGCCGUGCGAUUCCAACAUACCUACGUGCACGCUCGCCGGAUGAAUUGGACCCGGCCCUUCAAGAUCAACGUGCCGUUUUUAGAAGACCUGACCACCUCGACCUCGCCGUUGGACUUUGCUCGUACGAUUACCAGUAACGAUGAGGGCUUACUCACUGGGCUGUCGCAGAAGAGCUUCAUGGAGCCGGGCCCGGUGGUCAAGCGAGUGUUUACCGAGUGGGAGCUGCUGAGUAUAGCGGUGUGGGAGUGUUGUACAGCGCUUCCAGAUCUGGUGGGCUACAUCGAAGAAUGCGUACAGGCUCUAGUGGCAGUGCGUAACUACCACUCGCUGACAGCCAUCCUCGACGGGCUGCGCAAGUACAACAUCACGAUAUCCACGACCACCCGCGUAGCCCCCUUGAUGAUCCCACUGGACCUUGAAUCCCUGAUCGACCCGUCCGAGAACUUCGUCGGCUACCGCCAAGCGUUCACCAACAAGCCAGGGGUGCCGUUCCUGGUCCCGCACAUCCGCGAGUACCAGCAGCACGGCCAACCGGCCUUACAAUCGCUCUUCCAGCAUAUGAGACCGUCCCCUCUGCGAUAGCCAACCCAGCAACCCCGAGCGCAGGUUCGCUCCAGAAAGGAGGCAACUCCAAACCGUGCAGGCCAUUCCGCCGAAGGCAAACCCGCCGCAAGCAAGGCGGAUGCAAUCUGACGGAGUGAUCGAUACGUCAUGCCCGAAGAACCGAGCUGACGACCAAACUAAUUCAUCUAA